ACCCCAAAAAUAACUCAAAAUGAAUCGCGGUGAGCAACUUACAAAAGAGCAGCGCGAACAGCUGAUGAUGGAGAACGAUGCCGCAGCCCUGGCUGCGGAGAUGUUCGAUCAUUUCUGCUCAGCCACAACAAUGCGUCAAAUUCUCGGCCUGUACCGCAACAUGCUCGACACAAUCAACCUUCGUCCCGCACCGCUCAACGAAUUCUACCCCAAGCUCAAAGCCAAGGUGAAAAGUUGGAAAGCCCAAGCCUUGUGGAAAAAAUUCGACUUGCGCGCCAGUCAUCGCGUUUACAACAAAGGCACUGCCUGUUCCGGCACAAAAGUCCUCGUAAUCGGUGCAGGUCCUUGUGGCUUACGGACCGCCAUCGAAGCCCAAUUACUCGGCGCCAAAGUCGUCGUUGUCGAAAAACGAGACCGCAUUUCGCGCAAUAACGUUCUGCAUUUGUGGCCAUUUCUGAUAACAGAUUUGCGACAAUUGGGCGCGAAAAAGUUUUACGGCAAAUUUUGCGCUGGGUCAAUAGAUCACAUUUCGAUUCGACAGCUGCAGUGUAUUUUGUUGAAAGUUGCUUUGCUACUUGGGGUCGAAGUGCACGAAGGCGUGUCUUUUAUCAAGACAAUUGAGCCAAAAGACGGGUUUGGAUGGCGGGCCCAACUUUCGCCGGAAGAUCAUGCCGUUUCGCAUUACGAAUUUGAUGUUUUAGUGGGAGCCGAUGGCAAACGCAACACCUUAGAAGGGUUUAAGCGAAAGGAAUUUCGAGGAAAACUCGCGAUCGCCAUUACGGCAAAUUUCAUCAACAAAAAGACAGAAGCCGAAGCCAAAGUAGAGGAAAUUAGCGGGGUAGCGUUCAUUUUUAAUCAGCGUUUUUUCAAAGAGCUUUACCAAACGACAGGCAUCGAUCUCGAGAAUAUCGUUUACUACAAAGAUGACACCCAUUAUUUCGUAAUGACCGCCAAAAAACACUCGCUCAUCGACAAAGGUGUCAUAAUUCAAGAUUACGCUGACCCAGCGGAGCUUUUAUCUCCCGGCAACGUCGAUACGAGCAAAUUACUCGAUUACGCCCGCGAAGCUGCCGACUUUUCCACACAAUACCAAAUGCCCAAUUUAGAAUUCGCCGUGAAUCAUUAUGGCAAACCCGAUGUCGCCAUGUUUGAUUUCACCUCGAUGUUUGCCGCCGAAAAUUCGUGUCGCGUUCAAGUUCAAAAGAAUCAUCGCCUCUUCUCGUGUCUCGUGGGCGAUAGUUUACUUGAGCCUUUUUGGCCGACGGGCUCUGGAUGUGCUCGCGGAUUUUUAUCCAGUAUGGAUGCCGCGUAUGCCAUUAAGCUCUUCGCCAAUCCGAGAAAUAGUAUUUUGGCGGUAUUAGCACAACGUGAAAGCAUCUAUCGAUUGCUGGGACAAACGACGCCUGAGAAUCUCAAUCGAGACAUUGGCGCCUAUACGCUGGAUCCGAUAACGAGGUAUCCGAAUUUGAACAAAGCUGCUGUCACAAUUGUGCAAGUUAAGCAUUUGUUGACGACGGAUGAUCCGAGUUUGUUGGAGCAAACGCAUUUGGAUACGAAUGUGUUGGCGGAGAGAGUUGCCGAAGUGCCAGCGAAGAGAAAGAGAAGAACGUUGGAGACGAUUUCGUUGAGUAGUGUCUUGUUGCGAUGGGUAAAGUCGCAUUUGAAGGGGUAUGAAUUUGUGCAUGGGAUUACGGAGCCGGCGCAAGUUUUCACACAGGGACAAGUUUUGCUUCAUUUGAUUCACAGAUUUCGCCCUGAAUUAAUCGAUUUGAGCCUAAUCUCCGAAUGGAGUCCCGAACAAUGUAACGAACGAGCCUUCUACCUCCUUGAAAAGGAAUUUGGCAUUCCCCAAAUAAUGACUGGCAAAGACUCAAUUCACAUCGACAACAUCGACUCAAAAAUCUGGAUCACCUAUCUCGAGCAAAUCUGCGAAGUGUUCCGCGGCGAAGUGCCUCACGUCAAACACCCCAAACUGGAUUACUCCGAAUUCAAGCAGAAAACCAACGCUCCCGGCGGCUUAUCCAUGGCUGACUUCUCCCGUAUGCGACGCGGUGACUUUGCAGCAGCUCAAAAUGCGAAAAAACUCCCCGACGCGGCGGGCACUUCACGAAAAUCCGCUGCAGCGCCCGAAGAAGAAAAGUACAACGUGCAGCGAAAGCAACGGAGACUCGCGCAGGAACAAACGAACCAAAUUCAGGGACAUCAUGUGCGCUCGCCGCCGCCCGAACCCACGAGAAAGUCACGCAAACGUCGCAGUUACGAGAAAUUCGGAAAUAUUGACGAACGCACAAAACGCCUGCAGGAAAUCGAGGAAAAUCGUGCGGAUCGACAGGCGAAACGCCGGGCACAGAGAGCCGCCCAAACGGAAAACUUCCUCAAAAGUCUCCACAUGUUACAGGCGAACACGUAUUUGCGCGAGAGCGACAGCUCCGGCAAUUUCGAGGACUACUCGAUUUACAUGUAUCGCCAGGGGGCGCCCGAAUUCAAUAGUCGCGUCAAAGAUCUCGAGCGAAAGUUGUUGUACCCAGAUCGUGAACGAGGAAUUCUCUCCGCGAUGCCGGGAAGCAUCGAUCCGCAGUUCAACGACCGGAUCAAAGACAUGGAACAACGAAUUACCUCCAAGGGGGUCAUGAAUACCGAGAAGAAACCCAAAGACUUGUUACGUGCAAUCGGCAAAAUUGACCAAAAUGACUGGCAGGUCAAGGAAAUCGAGAAAAAGAUGGAAUUGUCGAAGAAAACGACCGACAUUGGGAAAAGUCGUGAACGUGUGCCUAAAUGGAAUCGCGAACAAUUUCUCGCGCGCCAAAACAAACUCACCGCCGAAAAAGUCGAAGACGGAAAAUACAAAGAUCUCGACAACGCCAUGAAACUUAUCGACAAACAACUGAAAGAAGGCUCGAUUCUCGAGGGAGCCAAGAACAAAGUUGCCUCCAUUGCCGGGCAAUUUAAGCGCAAAGAAGAAUCCGAAAGCGAAAAUGAAAAAGUCAAAAAAUCCCCGAAAACGAGCAAACCAACGGGAUUCGCGCUGGCGACAAGCAACAAAACGGAAACUUGCAACUUUUGCAAGCAACGCGUUUAUUUGAUGGAAAAAGUUACCGCGGAAAAUCUAGUCUUGCAUCGAUCGUGUCUCAAGUGUUAUCACUGUCACACGAGUUUGCGUCUUGGGGGUUAUGCGUUUGAUCGUGAUGAUCCCCAAGGCAAAUUUUAUUGCACGCAGCAUUAUCGGUUGCCGCCAAAAGAGAUCAAAUUGCCGCAAAGACGUCCGUUGCCGAGAUUACCACAAGCGGCGAAAGUGACACCUGCCAAAGUUGGGGCGGGAACAGAUUUGAUCGAUCGCGGACAAACGCCGGAAAGGAUUGAGUUUGAAAAUGUCGAUGCAAUGUCCGAUGGAGAGCCGUCGUUGGAACAAGUAAUUGAUGAGAAUGAAUGGACGGAUAAGAAUUUUGGUACGGGAUCGGAGGAGUCUGAGGAUGAUCUCUCGAGCUCUGACGAAUCCGACGAAGAUUCCGACUCCGAUAUAUUCGAAGACCCAGUUGGCAGUCCUCUUGGAGCACAAACUCUUCAACUGGCAAACGACUGGAUCGAUCGUCGUUACUCUAACAUGCAAGAUAGCGACGACGACUUUUAUGAAUACUCGAGCGAAGACGAUGACGCAAACGAUUCACAAACUGAGGGAGAGGAGUUAGCACGAGCACGCGAAAUGCGCAAGCAGGAGGUUCAGCUCAAGCCACUCCCAAUUUUACCUACCGACACUGAAACUGACGGACAAUCUGACAGCGACUCUCCUGAUGUCGAACUGAACUCAGCGACAGAAAUUUCAACAGAUUCGGAAUUCGAUCAUGAUCCAGUGCAACGAGAUCCACCGCCAAAGAUUCUAAUUGAUAACUCGUAUUUGAGGAAUUCUUUCAAGCCAUCACGGUUUCAAAUCAAAGCAAGUGACAUCGAGCACAUUUACCAACCGCCUCCCGUACCAAUUUACGAACCAAAGCCCGUACAUUUCAAACCCCUCGUGGAAGUUGAUCCCACUAUCAAGCUCUCAACGAACCGAAACCCUCUACAAAACCCUCGUCAAGGCGACUAUUCAUUACAAAAAAUCGCCAGCACCGAAGCCGUUGCCGCCAAAAAGAGUUUGGAGCUCAAAAAGCGCUACUUGCUCGGCGAAACGCAAUCUCAAGGCGUAUUAAAAUCCGAUUCCGCCUCCGCCUUAGAUCUCAAAUUCAAAAAUUUCCAAUCCAACAUCUCGGAUUGUCAAAAACUGCUGAAUCCCGCCCCCGACAUCAGCACCGCCAUGAAAACUUUCCUCAGCAACACGAACAAAUUAACGGAAUCGCCGCUCAAAGGCCCGAACGAGCUGAAAAAUGACGAGAAAGAAAACGUGAAUGUCAAUGUCGUGAAUUCGGUGACCGAGAAAAACGAAUUAAACCAAGUAAAAAGUGAAAAAGACAAAAAAUCCGAAGAUUAUAUUCAAGUCGAGGCAAGAAAAGUCAACAUUGAGAUCUUGGAAAAUGAAAAAGAAGACGACGAACAAAACGAAAGCGUGGAAGUAAUUGAUCUCGUGACGCCACAAAACAGUCCAAUGAACGCUGGGCAGAAAUAUUUAAAAGAUUCUCCGAAUUCAAAGCCUUUAAACAACAUUUAUAUCGACUUGACAGGCGAUUCUCCUGCCAAAGAUCGUUCCCUGGUCGAAACAAAAGUGAAUUUCAGCGUCGAUGAUGAACAAGAAAAAAAUUCCGUCGUGCCCGAUAUCCUUAGCACGCAUAAUUUGAAGGAUUCAGACCAACGCGAGGAAAGCCCGAUACUGGAAACGUCCAUCGAAGUCCCGCAAUGGCGCCCGAAAGCCGUUUCCGACAUGGAAAGUGACAGUUUAUCCGAGUCCAGUACCUCCAGCAUCGACGAUAUUCCGCAUUUUACGCUAGAUAGCGCCACAAGUCCCGAACAAUGUGACCCCCGAUGCAUCCCCAAGCUCGAAGUGCGCGACGAAACGGGCGAAGUAAUGCAAAUUGACAGCUUAAUGAUCAUAAAUGGCGAAUAUAUCGGCUAUCCGGAAGAUGACGACAACGAAAUCGAGCAAGUUGUCAUCGGAAAAGACGAAAAUUCGUCCCAAGCGGAGCCACUUAUCACGCCCAAGAGUGAAGAACGGACCUUUAUGGCUGAAAUUCAAAAGUCCCCCACGGUAAUUGAAGUGAAAAAGGCCCCAACGGUGACUUCAACGACUGUUUCGAGCACAAAUGAGGCCGAAAAACCCCGUCUCGAGUACAAAGGCAUGAAAAAUUUCCGUCCCGAGUAUCGUUUCGACGCCAAAAACGAAAGCAAAAUCGACACGUUGAAAAAUUUACCGUUAAUUGUGGGUGCCAGUGCUCGUGAAAUCCUUAAAACUGCAUUGCCUGACCCUCAAACAGCCCAAAAAUCCAUCGAAAAGCCAUCAGUAUUAAAUUUACCGCCGGUGACAUCACCAACGACGCCCGAUUCGGAAGACAAAACUCCCGUAAAUCAAUCCGCGAUGACUCAAAAUGCUCUCUUAGAAGCGCCCGUCGUGUCUGACACGGAAACUGAGGUAACGGGAGCUUUGAUGACCGAAACGGAGCUCAGCGAUUGGACCGCAGACGAUGCUGUGUCGGAAAAUUUCAUCGAAAGCGAGUUCGUAUUGAACUCGAAUAAAGGCACGAUACGUAAAAAUCGCAAAAAUAAGAAGAAAAAUGGCGUCGCCCGACAAAUUUCUAGUCAAAAACCGCCGGAAACGCCGAAACGAGCGCCUUUAGCCUUGGAUAUGGACGAGAUGGAGUUCAUGGAUACGGGCUCGGAAGACAGUUGUGUCGAAAAUGCCCAAAAUAACCGCAUUAAAUUCCAAAAUUCGGGUUAUAUUGAGUUUGUGCAGCCUGAAAAGCAGCCCCAAAGUGUUAAUUAUUCGUAUAAAAGCGACUCAGCUUAUAGUUCAUCGCCGAAAAUCGAUCGCAGGACAGGUUUGGAGCCCGAAAGUCUCGAAAGUAUCGAGCAAAAGCCCGGAAUUGACUAUAUCGAACAAGGAGCGAGCAUUUUGAGUGGGUCCAAUAGCGAUUCAACCACUUUGAAGACGACGCUGAUGACAGAUUCAGGCACUUUGGUGGCUUCCAGUAGUUCUCCGACGUACCCGAACUCGCUGAUGGGCUCUUCGAUGACAAGUUCGCUCGGCAGUUCGAUUUCCACGCUCAAAGAUCAAGCCCCCGAUAGCUUAAAUGACAUGGAGGAGGAUAGUUUGGUGAUGAUAAUGUCCGCAGAGACGAUCACAACGACGGAGGAAAGUGAUGCUUUGACAGUUGUGACAUCUCCGAUGGACUCGACGCCCGCCCAAGUACUAACCACAGAGUCGAGCGACACAAAAACCGAAAAAACGACCCCUUUGACGACACCGGAGCUCUCGAAACAGCCUUCCGGUGAGGAGCAAGUCAGUUAUGAGGACUAUGUGAAGCAGUUACAAGCUAAAAUUUCGAAAAUUACAAGUCACGAUCCCAGUUUGCGACGAAAAUCGAGCAAAGGAGACACCCUGAGUAGCGUUUCGGGUGAAAUUUCAGCGAAAGAAACGAAACACAGCCCGUAUUCGGAGUCAAUUACCGAACCGCCGACGUUAAGUAAGAAAAUUGAGCUCAUCACGAUGGAACGGGACAAGCAAAAGGACCUCAUUCAUGACUUGGUGAUGGAUAAAUUGCAGCAAAAGAAGCGAUUAAAUGCUGAAAAACGUCUAAAUCGGAGUCGAAAUCGAACUGCAGCCUUAGCGGCGUCAUCUAGUGUCCUUCAAACGCCUCCCGUGCAAGAACCGACAGUCAAAUACAAUCCACUUCUAACGCAAAAGGACCCAAAAACCCCUGUGGAAGCGGAAAAAUCGCAUAAAACGCAGUUUACAACGCGACAAGUCCCGUUAAAAGACAAAUCUUCGUCCGAUUUGAAUGGAAAUGACUUCAAGUCACCUCUGAGUUAUGCGGCGGCAUUUUCUUUCACCGACAAACUUCGCAUGGAAGCACGUCAAAGAGCGCGUUUGCUCUCAAAUGAAGACUUGGGGCUCAGUCCGGAGGAAAAAAUCCAACAAUUACGCAAAAAAUACAACAUUUACCCGAAAAAUCAUGGUUCCAAUGACACAAAAAUAGUUUCUGCCGUGCCAGCCAAUGUCAUUCCCGAACGGAAACUCAUCUCGUCGAAAUCUGUGAACGAUAUUAUGCUUUGUAAUAAUCCCGCUUAUUCGAGCGUUUAUAAUAAUGAAAGGCCAAGUGUGCGGGAAAUUUAUCAAGUGACGGAUUUUACGUCAGAUCCGAACUUGAAUGAGGCGGGCGAGAAGCAUUUGAGGGAUAGGAGACUCGCGAAAAAGGAUCCGGAACGGAGGAGAAGUUUGAUUCAAGCGGUGUCGGACUUUUUUUCGCACAAGAAGAAGGAUAGUGGGGCGGCAAGUAGUAGUAGUACGUCGCCUGUGAAGGAGGGAAGCAAUUAUAAGGCGAGGGAUUCGACGGAUUCGAACAGGUUUGGGAGAUUUCGGUUGACGUCAAGGAAGAAGGAGGAGGAUAAAGCGAAGUCAUGCUUUGACAUUCGGAUUCCAGGUGCUUCAACAUCCCGCGAAAAGUCACCACAUUACGAGCGCAGUCGGUCCGAAGAUCAUCUGGAGAACAAACAUGUUGCACGACGUGCUCAUGCCUACGAUUCCCGCGACUAUGAAGACGAGAUGCCACCCCCUGUUCCUCCAUUGCCGGUGCAAUAUGAGCCGAAUUCUGACGAUGACGACUACGAGAUAAACGAAACCAAAAACGAGCUGAAACGCAUUCGCGCCAUC